AUGGAAUACCAGAAGGACCCAAUUAGGAGCAGGACUUAUCUCAUACCUGGGACGGAAGAGAUUCGACGAGAGAUCGAACGCGUGGAGGAGAGCAACAAAGACAAGGUUGUAUUGUACCAAACUCGCUCCCUCUUGAGCUACUUCAUGGCCUGGCUGGCUCACGGGGUUAUGGCGAGGAGGGAUGUGAAUAGGCCUGGAGGAGAUGCCACGACCAACCCCAUCAGUACCGUGGCGCUGGGGCUUGGCUUCUUUGAAGAAGAGCACGAGUUCCCCUCCUUUCUCCAGAAAGACUCCGUGUGUGAGGGCGUGUCCCUUGGGAAGAAAGUCCGGGACGCAGAUUUGACGAAUGCCAUCCUGGGCGAAGGAGAGCUCGAUGUGGGUUUCGAUCCUACUGGCAAGAAGGUUUGGAAG